AUGGCAAAGAUGACAUCAACAAGAAUUUUUCCAAUUGCUUUACGAAGAAAAAAUAAAAAUAAUAAUAAUAAUAAUAAUAAUAAUAAUAAUAAUAAUAAUAAUAAUAAUAAUAAUAAUAAUAAUAAUAAUAAUAAUAAUAAUAAUAAUAAUAAUAAUAAUAAUAAUAAUUCAUACUUGAGCUAA